UAUAUUUAACCACGAUAGUAACGAUUCAGUGUUCAAGAGACUGUUGUUGUGUUCAGUUGAUUUUUUUCAUCUGGUUACAAAUAAAUGAAAGUUGAUGAAAUAAAAUAAACAUGGCUCCAAAAGUUGAGAGACUAACGAAUGUUGAGAGUACAGAAUUGGGUGAAGGACCCCAUUGGGAUGCAGACACCCAAAGUCUUUAUUAUGUGGAUAUUAUAGGAAAGUCCAUACAUAGAUAUGUGCCUGCUACUCAAACAUACACUAAAGCAGUUAUUGAUACCAACAAAAAUGUUUCUCUAAUAAUCCCUGUGAGAGGUGAGAAAAACAAGUUUGUUGUGACCAUAGGAAGACAGUUGGUCUUGAUAGAUUGGGAUGGAGUUUCCAAAAAUGUGUCGAUUAUAAAGAUUUUGUAUGAAGUUGAAAAUGAUCCUGACAGUCUUGACAAUAGGAUCAAUGAUGGAAAAUGUGACCCUUCUGGAAGAAUUUGGGCAGGUACCAUGGGCCCCGAACGGGAACUCGGUCAUUUCGAAAAUGAAAAAGGUUCAUUGUACACUUUCCAAAAUGGCCAAGUGAAAAAGCACUUGGGUAAAAUCGGUAUAUCCAAUGGCUUAGCUUGGAAUGCAGAACUCAAAAAAAUGUACUACAACGACACACUCAAAGGCAGUAUUUACCAAUACGAUUUCGAUAUAGAAAAAGGAACAAUAGGGAAUGGUAAGCCGAUAUUCACUUUGGAGAAAAUGGAUGAUGAGAUAGUUGGUGCAGAUGGUAUGACCAUCGAUACAGAUGGUAACCUAUGGGUAGCCGUUUUCAACGGAUCUAAAGUUAUCAAAAUUGAUCCCAGAAAGCCUGAGACGCUUCUACAAACCAUACCAAUCCCGGCAAAACAGGUUACAUCUGUUGCUUUUGGAGGGCCAAAUUUGGAUGAACUUUACGUAACUAGUGGUAAGUUCACAAUCGACGGUAAAAUUUUACCUCCACCAGAGCAUGGUGGUACUUACAAAGUCACAGGAUUGAAUGCAAAAGGAUAUCCAGGAAUCAGUGUAGUUCUUUGAUAAAACUACAAAUCAAAUUUCUGUACUGAAUAAAUGUAUGUUUGCUCUAUCG